UAUCUGGUGAGAAACUGCGCUCUGUUCACACUACACCAAGUUCAGUGAUCUGAUCAAACGCUAUUCUCCACUCCCUCCUAGUAUUCCACACCAGAAGUCAAUCGCCAUGGAAUUUCCCUUCGGCGGCCACCACCACCACCACCGGAGAAACGAUGAUGAAGAAGAGAGAUCGGAGUACUACCCACCACCGGGCACUGCUCCCCCACCACCAUACAUUAGAGCAAGUGAAUUUCAAUCACCACCACCGCCACGCCCCCCCUUAUACUACGAAGGAACUGAAUACCACCCAUCACCACCACCGAGACCUGAUUUUCAAUUUAAUGAGUUUGCACCUGCACCACCAGCUCAAGUAACCCAUGCUUAUCACUCAUCUCACAACCAAGGACAGCACUCCUCUUAUGAUUAUCCACCACCGACUCAAGUUAUCCAUGUUUCUCAUGAAAAAACUGAGGAUGAAUCCCCUCAUUCUUUUAGGCCCCAUUUGCCAUCUUUCAUUCACCACCACAUUCACCAGUCUGGCUCUGGUUCUGGUUUUGACUUAUCUAAUAAACCUUCCUAUAAGGUUUAUUGCAAGGCUGAGCCUAAUUUUCUGCUCACUAUCAGAGAUGGGAAAGUGAUUCUAGCACCAUCGGAUCCAGCUGACCAGUUCCAAAACUGGUACAAGGAUGAGAAGUAUAGCACAAGAGUAAAGGAUGAGGAAGGCUGUCCCUGUUUUGCUUUGGUUAAUAAAGCCACUGGUGAGGCCAUGAAGCAUUCCAUUGGAGCCACUCACCCUGUUCAACUGAUACCAUAUAAUCCAACUGUUCUUGAUGAGUCUAUUCUGUGGACGGAGAGCAAAGAUUUAGGUGAUGGUUACAGAGCUGUGAGGAUGGUUAACAACAUUCACCUGAAUGUGGAUGCUUUCCAUGGUGAUAAAAGAUCUGGCGGUGUCCAUGAUGGUACUACUAUUGUGCUCUGGCAGUGGAACAAGGGAGAUAACCAGAGAUGGAGGAUCACCCCACACUGAAUAUGUAGUAUAUGCUAGUGUUGCAAUUUAUUGCAGCUAUGUAGCAUUCGCUGAAGUUUUACUUGGGAGGAAUCAGGAAUGCUGUUUAUCUUAUAUUUUGAAAGUGGUGCUUGUUCUUCUGUUCUAUAAAAAUAUCUACUUGUGGCCAAUAUGUUACUACUAUCAUUUCUGCUAUAUAGAUUGUUGAUGUGUAUGAUUUGUAAUCAAAUCUCAUGUAUAAGCUAUUAGUAUUGUAAACAUAUGCUGCAGAGUUCUUGUGAACUUAAUAUAUAUCUGUUUAUCAUGUAGCACCACUGGUGCUCUGCUUUUCUCA